UUCGACCACAACUCCGGCGAUUAUCGACUCGAAGUGGGUUCGCAAGAGAAGUUUCACGGAUAAAAUAUACAUUAUAUUCCUUCGGUGAUCUUCAACAUCUGGUGAACAAUGCGAUUUUUUGUGUGUUUUGUGCCUGUGCUGGUACUUCUCUACGCUGAAAGAUCUUCUGCGCAUCCUGGACUGCUCACGGAUCUUGCAGCGAGCCGAGGGUCCCUUCUUCUGGACCCUUUAGGCCUCUUCGACAAGGACAAAGGAGGCGCUAGAGCAACGAGCAAAGCAGAUUCGUUUGGUCUCAGUCUGGGACCACUCUCCUUAUCGUCCAGCAUAGCCUCUUCUUCCGCGACCGCGGAUAGCAACGGAGGUGCAGCAGGAUCUAUUGCCAAUGCGAACUCUCAAGCGUUCGGAGGAGCCUCAGCAAAAGCUGACGCCUCUGCAUUUGCCAAUGCUCAAGGGUAUGUUCAGGGUAACGCAGGAGCAAAUGCUAAUGCAGGUGCUGCGGCAGGUUCUAACAGCGGAGCAGACUCGCCGAAUGUCUAUUACGUCCCUGGAGUAGUUCAGAGUAACGCAGGAUCGAAUGCAAACGCGAACUCCUACGGUUUAGCUGGAUCACCGACAGGAUACUCUUACCCGAGCGGUUUUCAGGGUAACGCGGGAGCAAAUGCUAACGCAGAUGCGACAGCAAACGCUAUCAGCGGAUCAGGAGGAUCACCGACAGGCUAUUAUUCCCCUGGAGGACAAAACGGACCUAUCAACGGUGCAGGAACACCUGUCGGCUACACUUCUCCGGGAAAUCUGCAGAUCGACGCAGGAGCAAACGCGAUAGCGAACAGUGGAGCGAUAGCCAAUCUUCAAAGACAGCCUUUAACAACGAUUACAGGUCCUCAAUACCCCACUGCUGGAGACGAAUACAACAAGGAGAUUCUCAUUCCCUACUCUCACAAGCAUCGACACGUUCCACCGUUUCGUCACCAUCACUAUCACAAGCAUCGACCUGAAGUGAUCAAUCAUCCUAUGCCACCUGCUCAGCCAAUUCCAGUUAGACCACCGGUUAUACCUGUUCAGCCGAUUCCACAGAUUCCUCCGUAUCCUCUCAGGCCUGACGAGGUUGUGGUUCCAGUAGUGAUCCUGGAUGGUCCACCGUCUGGUAGGCCAAUGUACCCGCGACCUGGUCGUGGACCAAAACCAGACACGAUUCAAGUGAUCGUGGUCGAGGACUCACCUUAUCAAGCUGGCGGAGCAGGAAAGGGCGGGUACUAUGGACCAGGAAGAGGAGCCUAUCCUGCCACAGGUUAUGGACAACCUAGCGGAGCUGGCAACGGUAAUGCAAAUGGCAACGCCAAUGCGAUCGCCAAUGCUAACGCGAAUGCCAUCGCCAAUGCCAACGCUAAUUCAGCCUUGAAGGGAAAAUUCUACCCAGGAGCAUCAGGCCAGGCUCCAGGAUCUUACAACCAGGACACUGAAACUGGCCCCAUAGGAGCUGGCAAUCCUUUCUUGAACGGCGGAAACUCCAAUGCAGGUGCUAACGCGAAUGCAGCUGCUACCGCGAAUGCAGGCGCAAUUGGUGGUGGAUACUCGCCCGUAGGAACCUCAGGACCAGCUCAGUCUCCAGGCUACUAUCCAAGUGGCUCAAGUGCUCCUAUUGGAGCGAAUAAUCCGUUCUUGAAUGGAGGAACUGCUCAAGCAGCCAGUCUUGCAGGUGCAAAUGCAGCAGCCAAUAGUAACGCCGCCGCUGGAGCAAAUGGAGGAGGUCAAGGUCAGAUUGGACAGCAUAAUCCUUUCCUGAAUCAAGGAUCUGGAAAUGGUUAUGGUGCACCUGCAACUGGGCCAGGUCUUGGACAUCAGGUGUAUCCAGGAGGAAUAGCUGGAAAUAAUCUUGGAGCUAAUGCUAAACCUGGAGGUAUUGGCGGUGGACAGCCAGGAGCCAAAGGUAUUCCUACGUCGUAUCCAGGUCAACAAAUUCCUCCAGACAGCUACGCACCUCAAAGACCCAUUGCAUCGGGACCGUCUGGAGCUGGAGCCAACGCUGGAGCAAACGCGGGAGCCACUGCUAAUGCCAACGCAGCUGGAACUGCUGGAGGAUUCGGUCAACCUCUGAAAAACCCUGUUGUCAUCCCUGCUACUCCAGGAGUUAAUUACGAAACUGCACCCAGUGGAUAUGGCAAUGGUUAUGCAAAUUCUGGUUCAGGAAGCACGUUUGGUAAUUCUGGAUCUGGCAACGGUGCUGGCUAUGGCACUCCCACGAAAGGAGCACCUGUCUAUGGCACCUCUGCCCCAGGUUACGGUACUGGAGCACCUGGAAGCGCUGGAGCUAAUUCUGUGAGCACGGCUGGAGCUAACGCUGGAAGCACUGGUUCUGCAUUUGGAAACACUGGAAAUACUGGACCUGGUUUUGGUGGCAGUGGAGCUUCUGGACCUGGUGCCAUUGGAUUUGGUGGACAAGGUGGAGCCAAUGCGGGAAGUAAAGCUGACGCUAUUGCAAACGCUGGAAGCGGUGCAUCAGGCAGCGGACUUGGAGGAUAUGGAGUUCCAAGCAAGGGUGCACCAAUUUAUGGAACCUCUGGACCAGCUUAUGGCAAUGGAGGUGCUGGGGCCAAUGCUGGAAGUGGUGCAUCGGGCAUUGGAAAUGGAGGAUUUGGUGCUCCAAGCAAAGGUAGACCAAUUUAUGGUGGACCAAGCUCUAGACCAGCUUUUGGUAGUGGAGGUGCUGGAUCCAAAGCUGGCGCUACUGCAAACGCUGGAAGCGGUGCAUCAGGCAAUGGAAAUGGAGGAUUUGGUGUUCCAAGCAAAGGUGGACCAAUUUAUGGUGGACCAAGUUCUGGAUCAGCUUUUGGUAGUGGAGGUGCUGGAGCCAAUGCUGGAGCCAAUGCUGGAAGCGGUGCAUCGGGCAAUGGAAAUGGAGGAUUUGGCGUUCCAAGUAAAGGUGGACCAAUUUAUGGAACCUCUGGACCAGCUUAUGGCAGUGGAGGCGCUGGAGCCAAUGCUGGAAGUGGUGCAUCAAGUAAUGGAAAUGGAGGAUUUGGUGUCCCAAGCAAAGGUGGACCAAUUUAUGGAACCUCUGGACCAGCUUAUGGCAGUGGAGGUGCUGGAGCCAAUGCUGGAAGUGGUGCAUCAGGCAAUGGAAAUGGAGGAUUUGGUGUCCCAAGCAAAGGUGGACCAAUUUAUGGAACCUCUGGACCAGCUUUCGGCAGUGGAGCCAAUGGUGGAGCCAAUGCUGGUGCUAAUGCUGGAGCCAGUGCUGGAGCCAAAGCUGACGCUAUUGCAAACGCUGGAAGCGGUGCAUCAGGCAGCGGACUUGGAGGAUUUGGUUCUUCAGGCAAAGGUGGGCCAAUUUAUGGAACCUCUGGACCAGCUUUUGGCAGUGGAGCCAAUGGUGGAGCCAAUGGUGGAGCCAAUGCUGGUGCUAAUGCUGGAGCCAGUGCUGGAGCCAAAGCUGAUGCAGUAGCCAAUGCUGGAAGUGGAGGUUUUGGUGGAUUUGGAGGAGCCUCUGCUAAAGCUGACGCCUCUGCCAGUGCUGGAGGCUUUGGAGGCUCGAACGCUGCUUCGAACGCAAACUCGAACUCUUUCGGCGGAUCUGCUACAAGCAACGCGUCUGCCAAGUCAGUCGCAUUCGGUGCCGGAAAUGGAUCGGCGAAAGCCCAAGCAUCUAGCAGCGCGACAUCAGGCGCAGGCGGAAGUUCAGCGUCCAGCAACGCGUCAGCCGACGUAGACACGCGGAGUAUGUUAGUCUUCGUCAGAUAAUUCGUCAAAUACCACCGGAUACCAUCACCAACACCUCGAGUAAUUGAUCCAUGGAGAAAUCGAACGCUUAUGGACCGUGUCAUUCAAUUCUGAAAGUUUCAGAAUACCUUCUUGACACAACACGUGAUUUGUAAUAGUUCGCUAGAUCGAAACGAUGCCAUUAGAUCGAUGCGUUCACGGAUGCAUCGAUCAACGACGACAAUCAACGCGUUGUAUACCGAUGAGACGCAAUUAACGUGAAUUAUUACACUCGUUACAUAACAUGCAUUACCGCGUGUUUAUUUUUUACUGCAUUUUUAAUUGUGACAAUCACACAGUUCGAAGAUUAAACGGGUUCUAUCGGUGUUCUUCUCGUUGAGGAUUUAAAAAGGAUUUUUACUAUGACUUGUGAUACUGUUCUUGCCAAUAUAAAACGCACAGGGAACAUUCUUUGUUCGAAGAUCUUUUUGAAAUUUUUUUUUUUCUCAAUAUUCUUACUCAUUUUGUGUUCAUCGAUUUGAUGUAACUUCAGCCAGUUUUUGGAAACUUUUCAGAGUGCUUUCCUUAUUUCUGCUUUAAAUAAUUCUGUACGAGUGGAUAAUGCUCUUAAUUAAUUUUAGCGGUAUAUAAUCAGUCUAUUGCUGAUAUAAUAAUAGAAUUUAGUAAGAGAGUAGCUAUUUUAAUUGUAAGUUCAAGUCCGAGAUAUAGUAACGUGCUACGUCUCCGCGCAGCGUCGUAUUUAUUCGAAUCGAAUAUCAAAG